AAACGCGGUUCGUGGUGUGAUCGUUGUUUUCGGUGCCCAAUGUGUGGUGGGCAGGUAAGAGCCUGCUAGUCUUAUCGAGAUGUGCAGGUCCCUGUCUAGGCCUUGGGUGGGGAAACGCGGUUCGUGGUGUGAUCGUUGUUUUCGGUGCCCAAUGUGUGGUGGGCAGGUAAGAGCCUGCUAGUCUUAUCGAGAUGUGCAGGUCCCUGUCUAGGCCUUGGGUGGGGAAACGCGGUUCGUGGUGUGAUCGUUGUUUUCGGCGCCCAAUGUGUGGUUUCCCGGAAAGCCCCUCUUGUAUUCACAGUGAUUCAGAUGUUCCCCUGGAUGGACCUUGAGUCGGGUGUCUUGCUGAUUUCUUCUGUCUUCGAAAUCCUAUUCCUGGAUAGCAAAAAAAAUACAUCUAUAUCAUUACUCUCUAAUCAUAUUGUUUCCUCUUAUAUCAUUACGCUUAAGGCUAUGUCCUGCAAGGAACACUAUGAGUGGCUUGCUCAACCAGUCCGUCACUCCAUAACGACAUUCUGUGAGCGAUUUGAGUACACUGACAGUGAACAAGCCUAUUCUGACUUUGAAAAUCUUAUCAAAAAUUCUUUCCUUAAAAUUUCUGCCAAGGAAAAAAUUCUGAAGAAUUUCGAGUCGUGGAAAGCAAAUAAGAGCAAUGUUGAUAUGUUUUGGCUUGAAAGGCAGUCGAACGUGGCUAUAAAGAAAGGAAAAAAGAUCGCGUCCAUAAGUUUAAUUGAAGCGUCGACGUCAAAUCUCGCCAAUAUAAUAAAGGAACAAGUAAGUUUUACACCUGCAGGAGUUGUUGUAUCAUUAUUAACCCAGUGUCUAACGAUGGAUUUACUUUUUAGGAUGAUAACUUGCCUAAGACCCAACACCAGCAAGGCUUUGAGAAUAAUGCUUCGAAUUCUCAAGGUAUAUUUUUGGGAUUGUAUUUAUUGUUAUUAUUAUUACUAUUAUUAUUAUUAAAUUGGAUAUUAAAUUGGAUUUAAAAUAGAAACAAGGCCAAUUUCCCAAGUUUCAUCAAAACUAUCAGGACCAUCAUUGCUCUCACCCUCCUCACCCUCCUCACCCUCCUCACCCUCCACAUCUUUUACGCCAGGCCCACCAUUAUCAUCCUCUCCAUCAUCAUCCUCAGCAGUAUCAACA